GUAUUUUUUUGUCAUAGCUCCGCCGUUACUGCAAUUCCAAAAAUUGCACCAAAUGGUUGUACCUAAGAGGUAGCUACAAAACGUUAACAUACAAACAUAAAAAAGACCUAACUUAAUUUGGAAAUGUUUUCGUGCAGUCGCAAAAGCUGCUUAAAUGUAUUAAUUCUACAGACUAUUUCACCAUUUGUAAUAUAAAAGAAUCGUAUAAAGUCCUCAUUACGGACCUGGUAUGCUCUGGGUCUCAUCUCCUCACUCCUAAUACAAUCUUGUCAACGUGGCAACGUCGCGGUGGCAAGUGAAAAGCCAAAUACCUGUUUCAAAUAAAAAACAGAAAAAAAGCAGCUUUUUGUUUCCAAGUUAUAAAUGAUUGGAUUUUGCAGCUUUUAGAAGUUCGCUAACAUUUUUUGGACGACUUAUCGUCAUGCAGCACCACUCUGAUCCUGGCAAUAAUCUGAGGCUGUCCAAGAGAUUCACUACCGAACUAUAUGCUGAUCAGCUGGCUCCUUCGUACCCACAUCUAAAGCUAUCUCAAAUCAAAGCUGCACUGGUACUUACUGAGAACAACUUGCACGAAUGUCGAUUGAUACUUGAUCUGAAAAAUAGAUUCCUAAAUCACGAAAGCAAACUAGGAUGUGCUAAUAAUGCAGGUUGCAAAAACCAAGGAAAUGAGGAUAAGUUCAGCUCAUUUGAGUCAACGGCAGUCACUUUUACAGCUUCUAGCUCGAGUGCCUAUCAUGGGGAUAUAUCAGAAUCAGAUUCUGUAUCAGAUGUAGCUAAAGCUGAAGAAAGGCCACCAGAUAAAAAAGUUGGAGUUAUCAUUAUUAAAAAUGAUAAAGGUUACAAAGCCUGUCCAUUAUGAAAAAAUAACUAUUUAUACCUCAAUUAUAUUAUCAGACGUACUUUUUAUGUAAAAUAUAACUGUAAAUAUUUUUUUAUAACUGUG